AUGGCAGCUACAGACUCGGCAUCUUACACCUCGGAGAAUGCAUCCCUCCGUUCACAACCUUCCGGGCAUACGACCAGCCCCGUCUGUGGAAUCGAGUACCAUACAGAAACUCCUUUUCCUCUACUCCCGCACCUGCAGGCCGCAUCGGCAGCGAGUCACAUCGAGGAGGGGGGAAGCUUCUGCGGCAUCGGCAUGACUGUUCUAUUCGCUGAAAAGUUUUGGGCGUCACUACAACACAACCACGUUGGAAGGAUACGUCAAGAGAACCUAGCACGGUUUUGUGUAGAGCUGAUCGCUUUCCUCCUCACUUUCUUUCCGUUGACGGCCCCUCCUUUCUUCGUCGGUACCAUCCACCACUCGAUAUACCGCAUGGCGCUUGAUGACCGAUACAAGGUCUCCAAGCCCAUGGACCAUAAGAUUGCCCCAAACGCUGAACGUCUAACAACCACAUCUUCCGAUAAAGGCAUCAAGGUCACCAGCAUCAGCAUCAGCGAGCGGAAUCCGAAUGUUCAUCGCUUCAGCCCAAAAACGCCAUGUACCGAUUACACCCCCCGGGCCCAAUGA